UCACAGUGUUUAAAUGGAUGUACGUGUACAACUGAUCGGCAUGGUAGGUCACUGCUGUGUAUGGACACGUCUUUAGACGGAAUCCCUGAAACUAUUCCCCAAGAUUUUACGAAGAUACGGAUUGAGAACGCUCACUUCACGGAAAUACCUCGGGCAGCCUUCUCCAGAUUACGUGCUUUGGAACACCUUUGGCUGAACUUUAAUGAAGUCAACAUUAUUCGUCUCAAGAGUUGGGAGGGAUUGAGUAAUUUGACAGAAUUAAGGUUAGAAGGGAACAAACUACGGUCAGUUCCAUGGACAGCGUUUGAAGACACGCCUGCUCUGAACAUUCUAGACUUGAAACACAAUCGUUUAGAUGUUCUCCCAGAACACGCUCUGAAAUAUCUACCGAAUCUGACCUACUUAGACUUGUCCUUCAAUCAGCUUUCGGUCAUAUCUAAAGAUGUCUUCUUGAAUUGGCCGCUUUACCACAAGGUGGAGGAACAUGGGGAACAAGUGCCCAAUGUUGUCAUGGCACUACACGACAACCCGUGGCUCUGCGACUGCCGCCUGAAGGGCUUUGUGGGGUUUGUCCGAGCAAUCAGUCCUCCAAUCAUUUUGAUGAACUCUUACUUGUCAUGUGCAGGCCCACAGCAGCGAGCUGGCCAUUUUUUUCACGAGAUCGAGUUGAAGACCUGCAUGAAGCCAGUGGCCACAACAUCUGUUGCCAACAUCAGUCUCCCAGCGGGCGGGAGUGUCACUCUUACAUGCUUAGCUAUGGCUAGACCAGAGCCUACUGUUUGGUGGACAUAUGGUCUCAAGAUAUUAAGAGGAUUUAAUGAGUCCCUUUCUCAGAUGGAUGAAGACACCAUGAAAUCACAGCUGCUGAUCCCAUCUCUUCAGCUGGCUGAUCGGGGGGUAUACACCUGCACUGCUAACAAUUUUAUUGGAAACUCCUCAGUAAGCAUAGUGGUGGAUGUGAAGCCACCUGCCAGCUCCACACCACUUUCCUCUGGUUUGCCUGGCGCAGCAGUGGAUGAGAAUGUGUAUAUUGACAUCCGUAUUGCCAAGCAAACAGUGUAUGGCAUCACUAUUGAAUGGUAUGCAGUCUUAGAAAAUCCUGCAGAGACCUGGUUUACUAUCCAUUUUAGGCAAUUUGACGGUGCCAAAAAGGACAUGGUCUAUAUUGGACCUGGUAUCAACAGUUACUCAGUGUCAGACUUGCUGCCAGCCACAAAAUAUGAGAUCUGUGUCACUCUUAAGAACCAGGUGCCACGGACUGGUCAGUGUAUUGUGUUUGUGACUGGAAAUGACAUCAGUGAGAUGGAGCAGAGGGAGAAGCUGAUACACAUUAUAGUCAUCGUCCUUGCCAUGGUCCUGGCUGUUCCUGCAGGGAUGUAUGCUUGUACCACAGACAUCAAAUUCAACUGCUUUAAAUACCUCAGAAACUCAUGGAGGAAAUGGAAGUGGUCUUUGGCAGGAAUGGACAAAUCCAGUGAUGGACAGGGCUCAUUCGACAGCCUCCAGGCGGCCAGUGAUGAGGGCCUUUGUCGGGACUCCGGCGAGGAGAGGAAGCCCCGGAAGAGAUCUGACGCUUCUAAUGCUGACCAGAAUCCCACAACUGAGGUCUAUUAG